UCUAGUCUGGCUCCCAAGUCCUGGCUCGGUUUCUCUUGGAGGCAAGGCUCGUCGACUCCAUUGAUUUGCUUGCAUAGGAAUGCUGAGGAGAGUAGAGAGAAGCUCCAAUUUUAGGGUUUUUUCCCAAACUCAAGAGUUCUUCUUCAAGUCCUUGAAUCUCUGUAUGUGCUUUGCUUCACCUUCGUUUGCUUGUAACCAAAAUGCCUUCUUUUCCUCGGCUUCUUCUAGUGGGAACGGCAGGUCAGACGGUAGUCCCGAGCAAAACCCUUACUUUGGUGCCCUGUUCAGCAAAAUGACCGAUCUUGGAUGCCAAAAUCACUAUUUAUCUGGGAAAGGAGAGCCAAACCCUAGAACAGAUAUUUCGCAUGAUUCCAAUGAAUCCGGUGAAGCGAUUGAAGGCCCUUUUCAUAGCUCUGGAAGAAGAUUAGCAUCUGAAUUUUCUGAAAUGUGUGAUUUAGAUGAUCGCAGUGAAACUGAUGAAGAAUCUGAUGGCGUGGAUGACAGCGAUGACAGCGAGUUCGGGGUGUUGAAUUUAUUUAAAAGAAAUAGUGAUCAAAGGGUGUCUAAUGAGAGAUUCCAGGAGGAAAAAGAUGAGUCCAGGCAUCCUUUGGUUAAGGAAACCUGUAGGCUGAUUGGUCUCCGGCAUGCAUGGAAUCCAAAACUGGAGGCAGAACUGCGGAGUUUGCUCAGGAGCCUCAAGCCCAUUCAGGUCAGUGCUGUUCUGUGUUCCCAACCAGAUGCGCGCUUGGCUGUGAGCUACUUUCAUUGGGCUGAUCGUCAAUGGAGGUACAGGCAUUCACCUGACGUUUAUUGCACCAUGCUCGAAAUUCUCAGCAAGACUAAGCUCAGCCAAGCAUCAAGGAGGGUUCUAAGAUUGAUGAUCAGAAGAGGAAUCACUCGUAAGCCAGAAGAUUUUGCGAAUGUUAUGGUUUCCUAUAGUCGUGCAGGAAAGCUAAGGAGUGCAAUGAGGGUCUUAAAUUUAAUGCAGAAAGAUGGAUGCUCCCCAGAUCUGGUCAUCUGCAACACAGCAAUACAUGUGCUUGUGAUGGCGAAUCGGUUGGAGAAGGCUUUGAGGUUCCUUCACCGAAUGCAGAGUGUUGGGAUUAAUCCUGAUGUUGUCACUUUUAAUUGCUUGAUCAAGGGCUUCUGUGAUGUUCACCGGGUGGAAGAUGCAUUGGAAAUGAUCAGGGAGAUGCCUUUUAAAGGCUGCCCUCCAGAUAAAAUUAGUUAUUAUACGGUGAUCACCUUCUUAUGCAAAGAGAAGAGGGUUGAAGAAGUUAGAGAAUUGCUAGAGAAGAUGAAGAAUGAUUCAAAUUUGAUUCCAGAUCAAGUAACUCACAAUCUUCUUAUCCAUGUUCUCUCUAAGCAUGGACACAGUGAUGAAGCUCUAGGGUUUCUUCAGGAAUCAGAGGAAAAAGGUUUUCGUGUUGAUAAGGUUGGUUAUAGUGCAAUUAUUCAUUCCUUCUGUAGGGAUGGGAGGAUGGAAGAGGCAAAAGAUAUUGUCAAAGAAAUGAUCACAAAGGGCCGCCUUCCCGACGUUGUGACAUACACCGCGGUUGUCAAUGGAUUCUGUCGCAUAGGAAAGAUUGAUCAAGCAAGAAAGUUGAUGGAUUAUAUGUAUAAGAAAGGAUGCAAGCCAAAUGCUGUCACUUACACCGCAUUUCUGAAUGGACUGUGCCGAAUCGGUAGUUCAAUUGAGGCCAAGGAUAUGCUGAACAAGAGUGAAGAAGAAUGGUGGACUCCAACUGCUAUUACUUACAGUGUUGUGAUGCAUGGACUGAGGAGAGAAGGUAAGCUUGCAGAGGCUUGUAAUCUGGUAUUUCAAAUGAUCAAAAAUGGAUUUUUCCCUACACCUAUUGAAAUUAAUCAACUCAUUCAUGCACUCUGUAGGGAUGGGAAACCCAUUGAAGCUAAGAAGUUUAUGGAGGACUGUCAAAGUAAGGGUUGCACCAUUACUGUGGUGAUCUUUACUACAUUAAUCCAUGGAUUUUGCCGUUCCGGUGAUCUGGUAUCUGCCAUAUCUUUGCUAGAUGACAUGUUUCUCAGUAAUAGACAUCCUGAUGUCGUGACUUACACAGUUGUAAUUGAUGCAUUGGGAAAGAACGAGAGAUUUGAAGAAGCAUCAGAGCUCAUGAAAAAUAUGCUAAAUAGAGGUUUAGUUCCCACACCUAUCACUUACAGGACAGUUAUCCACAGGUACUGUGCGAAGGGAAGUGUCGAUGAGCUACUCAAAUUGCUGGAUAAAAUGCUAGCAAGGCAGGGUUUUAGAACUGCUUAUAAUCAGAUUAUUGAGAAGCUUUGUGGUUUUGGUAGACUUGAUGAGGCUUACAAAGUUAUAGGGAAGGUUUUAAGGACUGCUUCAAAGAUGGAUGCUGACACUUGCCACAUAUUGAUGGACUGCUUUCUGAAGAAGGGCCUUCCACUGCUGUCUUAUAAAUUGGCUUGCAGAAUGUUCAGGAGAAAUUUGAUUCCAAAUGUUAAAUUGUGUCAGAAGGUGAGCAACAAACUACUGUUAGAUGGAAAAUCAGCUGAGGCAGGAAGGCUUAUGGUUAAAUUUAUUGAGAGGGGGCAGUCUUUGGUGUAGCAUUGCCCUUAUUCUCCUAUUGCCAAUGAGCCAUAUCAAUGUCGGAGCCAUAAAUUUUUUUAGGGGGGCCAACUUCAACCUUGUUUUUACAUGCAUAUGUGUAUAUAUAAUUGCUGAGCAAGACCGAAAAGAUUCAUAACUAAUUAAAAUCACGGUUUGAUGUAUGUUAGGUAGCAAUAAAGGUAAAUCUGUUGUUAACUUUUUGGUUGAUUUCUAAUUGGAUAAGUACAUUUCUAGGCAUUAAAAAUUUCCUUUCAAUUCAA